ACCUGGCAACACUGUAUUUGGUUUUUUCUCUUCCGAAUUCCUCUCCUUUCCUUUGCUUGCAUUACCUACAUCGCCAACAAGCAAAAAAAUUUACUUUGUCGCGUCACCGUCACUCAAUUUACCUAUUGUAUUGUAAAUUACGAUUUUCGGUUUAUUUUGCAUUUGCGGAUUUCACAUUAAUUAUGGCCGAUAGUGAUGAUGAGUAUGACCGUAAAAGACGGGACAAGUUUCGUGGUGAAAGAGGUGCAGCUGAAGGCAGCAGCUAUCGAAGUAGUGAUCGCCGCGAAGAACGAAGCAGGGGCGGGCGAGAAGAAUGGUCUGAAAGAUCUCGAGGAGGUCGUUCUGGUCCUGAUUACAGGGACUACAGAGGAGGUGGCAGUGCUAGCCGGGGCUACUCUCCAGUAAGGGGUGAAGGGCCACCAAGCAAGCGUAUCCGACCAGACUGGCCUAUUGAAGACAGAAGAUAUGGAGGAAUGCCACAUGACUCAUAUGGCUCGUAUGGUUGGGCACAUGACCAUUUUGGACCACAUCCAGCUCAUCAAGGAUAUGGGCAACCCAUGCCACCUGUCCCUGCUAGGGAUGCUGUGCUUCCAAUGGGUCCUACAGAUGGGCCUGCAACCAUGAUGUCAUUCAAGGCAUUCCUGGCUGCUCAGGAUGAUUCAAUCACUGUUGAUGAUGCCAUCCAGAAGUACAAUGAAUACAAGCUGGAGUUUAGGAGACAACAACUCAACGAAUUUUUUGUUGCUCAUAAAGAUGAAGAAUGGUUCAAGAUUAAAUACCACCCAGAAGAAUCUGUGAAAAGAAAAGAAGAACAACUCUCUGCUUUAAAGAAUCGAUUAAGUGUCUUCCUGGAGUUAUUAGAACAAGGUGAAUUGGAUAGAGUGACGGUAGACGUGGACAAGUCUGACAAGUUGAUUCGACUGCUCGACACGGUGGUCAUUAAGCUGGAGGGCGGUACGGAUGAAGACCUUAAGGCGCUCGACGACCCACUGCCGCAGGAGAACACUACCACUAAUGAGAAAUCUGAUAAAGUGGAUAAUGACAAACCUGUUGUUAUUGAUGUGGAUGCAGUUAAAGUCAAAGAAGAAAAAGUCGACAUUGAGAAAAAGGACAAGGACAAAAAGUCAGAAUCUCCCAAGCCCACUGCUCCGUUGACUAUGGAGAUUGACCCUCAAUUACGACAAUUGCAGGAACAAGCUAAAAUGUUUUCUCGGUACAACUCUGUACCUGGAGUCGAUCCAGAGCCCGAGGCAGCAGAAAAAGAGCCUCCCCCGCCUGGUUCAUCGUCGAGCUCUUCGUCAUCCAGCUCAUCUUCAUCGAGUUCCGAAGACGAGGGCGAGUCCAACGCUCGCCGGAAAUCGAAGUCCAAGUCCAAAACUCCGGACAAGUCUCCCAAACAAAAAGAGAAAUCAAAGUCGCCUAGUGUGGAGAAAAUGGACGCGAUUGAAAUUAAUGACGGUGACAAGGAAAAGGAGAAGAAUGGUGACGACAAAUCUGAGACCGCGACUGAGCCGCCAGUGGAGAAGAAAGAGACGAGAGCUCUUCAUAAAACCACGUCUAUAUUCUUGAGAAACUUGGCCCCGACAAUCACCAAGGCGGAAGUUGAGGCUAUGUGCAAGCGCUACGGUGGUUUCCUGCGAGUGGCGCUGGCGGACCCGCUGCCGGAGCGGCGCUGGUUCCGCCGCGGCUGGGUCACCUUCCGCAGGGAGGUCAACAUCAAGGACAUCUGCUGGAACCUUAAUAAUAUUCGGCUGCGCGAGUGCGAGCUGGGCGCGAUCGUGAACCGCGACCUGCAGCGCCGCAUCCGGCCCGUGUCGGGCGUGACGCUGGAGCGCGCCGUGCUGCGCGCCGACGCGCGUCUGGCCGCGCGCCUCGCGCACGCGCUCGACACGCGCUCCAAGCUGUGGCGCGACAACGCGGCCUUAGACGCUGACAAGGAUACUGCGCAGCCUGACGAUUUUCAGAACUUCAGCCUAAACUCAAAGAACCCUGUGCUACACAAAAUAACCGAGCAUCUCAUUGAAGAAGCCUCCACUGAAGAGGAGGAAUUGCUAGGACUCGAAGCGUCAUCAGAAUCAUCACAGGAGCAACCGGACCCUGAGCUGAUGCGCGUUUUAGACCGACUUGUCUUGUACUUGCGCAUAGUGCACUCUGUGGACUAUUAUAACCAUUGCGAGUAUCCAUAUGAAGAUGAAAUGCCUAACCGUUGUGGAAUUAUGCACGCGCGGUCUGGACCUCCGGCCAAUAAGCCAACACAGCAAGAGAUUCAGGACUAUAUCAAAACAUUUGAAGGUAAAAUGUCGGCAUUCCUUCAAGAUGUUAAACCCCUUGCCGACGAAGAGUUGCAGAAACUUGGGAUUAAGGAUUCGGAAGCGGAAGUGGAAAAGUUCAUUCAAGCCAAUUCUCAAGAAUUGUCUAAAGAUAAGUGGUUGUGUCCACUAAGUGGCAAGAAAUUCAAGGGUCCUGACUUUAUUAGAAAGCACAUUUUCAACAAACAUGCAGAAAAGGUGGAGGAGGUGCGGCGCGAGGUGUCGUACUUCAACGCGUACGUGCGCGACGUGCGGCGGCCCGCGCUGCCCGACGCGCCCGCGCGCGCGCACGUCCCGCAUCCGCACCAUGCACCGCCGCAGCCAAGCUUCGGAUCGGGCGGGGGCGGAGCGCCGGGCGGCGGGCGCUGGGGCUGGCCGGCCUGGGCCCCGCCGCAGCCCUACGCGCCGCGACACCCGCGCUUCUCCAGACCCAGGGAUAAUGUGGAUCGAUCGCGGCCUAUUAUAGCAUACAACGAUCUUGACUUCCCGGACAGUGGUGAUAUAUUCUAAGAGAUAGAUACCAUGACAAAUUAUAGUAUGUUGUGUUGUACUUUCAUGUUAUAACAUUCCGAUAUAACCAUUUAUUGACGAGCAAAGUUUGUAUUGUUAAGUUAAUGACAGUUUUACUUGUUGGUUAAAUUAUUCAGAGACCAUUUAGAUAAAUAAUAUUUGAUAUUUUCAAUACUGUUUAUAUAAUGAAAUUCUUAAUACAUGACCCUUGAUUUUAGAUAGAGAUUAAUAAAACAAAACAUUGUAAUAACUUAUUAUAAAACUAAAAAGGAUUUAUAUGUGUACAAUCAAAUCUACAUACUUAAUUUUAAAAUAAAAUUAUGACAUCAGUAUUGUCAGUUUUCUAUAUAUAUAUAUUUGUAUGUGAUCUCACAUCGCCUAUUUAUAUUUCUUAUUGUAUGUGUCUAUUACUGUUUAUUGCAAUAAAUAAUCAUAUAUAAAAACAUC